CAAAGUGCCGGGACUGUUAAAAUUGCAUUUCUACUUUUAUACUGGGGCAUAAAUUACAUUUCUUUGGUUAAUAACGUAAAAAUGGUUCGAAAAGGAUGCGCGUGGCAAGAAAGCAAUCUCAGUCUAGCAACUAUGGCAGCAUCUGAGUUCGUUUGGUCAGGCGUCGCUUUUUUCCUUUCUUUGCGUGCGCUUUCUUUCGUGUGUGUGUGUGUGUAUGUGUAUUUGCCAUGCCGGGCAAAGCAUAUUUUACGGAAGAAGAAAAGGACUUGUUCACGGAACUUCUGCAAAGGUACAGCAAUGUGAUUGAAAGCAAGAAAACAGAUGCUGUGUCGCUGAACGCGAAGGCGAAAGCGUGGGAGCGGCUGUGCACAGAAUAUAACAGCAUGCCGCACGUGCGUCGACGCGAAGUAAAACAACUAAAAAAACUGUGGGAUAACCUGAAACAAAAACUGAAAAAAGCAAAGGCGCAGCAGAUCAGAGACGUCAUGGCCACAGGUGGCGGACCACCGCCUGAGCCGCUAGACGACAGGCUCACCCGAGUCGAGGCGCUCGUGCCGCACGUGGCGGUGCGAGUGCCGAACCCAUUUGACAGCGACAGGCAGUCGCAGACGCCAGCCAGUGAAGCCGUUACAGACAUUAUUGACAGCAUGAUGCAUGAGACCGAUUCACGGUACCACGACAGCGACGAUGAGUUCGGGAUGAAUAGUAACCUUAGCCAGGCAGGUGGGUUUGCCGAGGCUACAUCACAGCAGUGCUCGCCAGCACCUCCUCUCAGCAGUGGUGGGCUGCCUGCAGAAACAGCAACCUCAAGGCCAUCGGGCUGCCAAAACAGAGAAGAUGCUUUCAUGGACCAAGGCUCAGGAGCUGAGCCAGUUGUUCGCCGUCGCCAAAGUGGUCGUCUUGCUGCUGUCGACACAGCAUUAUCGACGGAGCUGGAGGCUCGCCUUCGUGCUGUAGACGACGAGAGAAAUCAAAGACGUAUUGAACACGAGGCCAGGAUGAAAAUGAUAUCAGGCGAACAUGCUUUGAAGAUGCAGCAAUAUGCCGAUGAACGGCGCAAACGGAGUGCGCUGCACAGAAUGAAGGUGCGUGUUCUAAAAGCUAAAGAGAAGGUACAAAACUUCAAACAAGCAAUUCUAAAAAAGCAGCUCGAACUCCUCAGGCCAGGAGGCAUUGCUGAAUGUGACCUCGUUCCACAAGACUAAAGGCAUUUUUUUUUCAGAGGCGGCAGCAAUAAUAAACCUAGCCACAAGCCAUAUAAAUGAAUAAAGUCAAUUUCAU